AUGGCGGCAAAUCUGGAAAGUAGUUUGACGAAGCAGACUUCAAAACGGGCCACUGAUGUAACGAAGAAUGCUUUUGAUUUAGCUGCAGAAGUUAAGAGCAAUUUCAAUUCACUGAUGCAAGAAUGGACACAACUCAGAGACACUCUGAAAGAAGAUUCAUUAUUAUGUCAUCGUUGCGAAUGUCAAGCGAGUAGCCAUCUUGCUAAAAACAGAAUUACUGUAUCAAAACAAGAUUUAGAAAGACUAACAACAGAGACAAUGCAGCUGAAAGAAUUCCUUCCUAAAGUACUUAGUACAGAAUAUAUUGGUGCAUUUGCUAAACUCAAUGCUGCAGAAUCUGAGAUUGUUAAUUUGGAAAAGAACAUUGACAAGAUUUCCAAUGAUGUUGCACACUGGCAAUCUAGAUACCAAAAUACAUUGUCACAAUAUGAACAAGAGAAAGAGGAUAAAUUUGCUACACAAUGUGAAUUAUCAGAAUUAAAUAAACAACUAAGUGAACAAUCUGAAUAUUGUGCAAGUCUGGGAUCUGCAAUAUGUACAUUAUUAUGGAGGGUAUCAAAGCAUGAAGACAGCAUUCAGUUGUUCCUUGUUGGGUCUAAAGUAGAUGAAUUUUUAGUAAUGGUUCAUCAUACUUUAGAAAGUUAUAUAGCAACAUAUCAUGAUGAGUUACCCGAAGAAGACACAGAUGAAGCGCAGUUUGUGUUGGCAUUGUCUGGAAUCAUAACAAAUAUAGCAGCUUCAGCAUAUGGACGUGAUUUCUUGGUAACUAAUAGCAACGGGCAGAUAUUGAUAAACACUAUGACUAGUAUAUUGUCACAGACACCAAUAACUCAUAGUGCGAAACUUAGAAACCUUAUACUGAUGUGUUUGUACAAUAUAAGUAUCAAUCAAAAAGGAUUGAAAUACAUACUGAGUAUCCAGGGAAUGAUACCACUGUUAGCCUGGUUAGUAACAGAAGAAAAAGAAAGUGACAACCAGUUGCAUACAUUAAAGGUCAUACAGUCACUGAUAAUAGAACCUGAUAAUAUAGAAGUCAUACAUCAAGUCAAUGAAGUGUUACCUGUAGAAAAGUUAGAGAAGUUUGCUAAAUCUCGCCAUCCUGAUUUAAAGGAAAUAGCUGUUGAAUUGCUAAUGGAUCUCAAGUGUGGAACUAGGGUUAAAGGCAAUGGUCAGUGGGAAGCUGUAGGUGUGGAACUAGGGUUAAAGUCACGGUCACUGGAGAGCUGUAGGUGUGGAACUAGGGUUAAAGGCAGUGGUCAGUGGGAAGCUGUAGGUGUGGAACUAGGGUUAAAGUCACGGUCACUGGGAAGCUGUAGGUGUGGAACUAGGGUUAAAGGCAGUGGUCACUGGGAAGCUGUAGGUGUGGAACUAGGGUUAAAGGCAGUGGUCACUGGGAAGCUGUGUGGAACUAGGGUUAAAGGCAGUGGUCAGUGGGAAGCUGUAGGUGUGGAACUAGGGUUAAAGUCACGGUCACUGGGAAGCUUUAGGUGUGGAACUAGGGUUAAAGGCAGUGGUCAGUGGGAAGCUGUAGGUGUGGAACUAGGGUUAAAGGCAGUGGUCACUGGGAAGCUGUGUGGAACUAGGGUUAAAGGCAGUGGUCAGUGGGAAGCUGUAGGUGUGGAACUAGGGUUAAAGUCACGGUCAGUGGGAAGCUGUAGGUGUGGAACUAGGGUUAAAGGCAAUGGUCACUGGGAAGCUGUAGAUGUGAAACUAGGGUUAAAUUCACGGUCACUGGGAAGCUGUAGGUGUGGAACUAGGGUUAAAGGCAAUGGUCAGUGGGAAGCUGUAGGUGUGGAACUAGGGUUAAAGGCAAUGGUCAUGGGAAGCUGUAGGUGUGGAACUAGGGUUAAAGUCAAUGGUCAGUGGGAAGCUGUUGGUGUGGAACUAGGGUUAACAGCAAUGGUCAGUGGGAAGAUGUCGAUGUGGAACUAG